AUGAGACGGGUGGCUGCAAAAUUUGUUUCUCGACUGCUAACUGAGCAGCAAAAACAAGGCCGCGUGGAAUUAUGCUCUCCUUUGAAAGAAAAAUUCCAAAAUGACCCAAACUUCUUUCCCAAGGUCAUUACAGGUAACGAAUCAUGGUGCUAUAGAUAUGAUCCUGAAACCAAGCAACAAUCGAGCCAAUGGAAGACUCCAGCAUCGCCUCGCCCUAAAAAAGCUCGUUAA